CUAGAAGCGCGAUUUGCCCUGGGCCUUGCUUCUUGUAGUUAGGUACUAUAUGGCGUUGCGCGUUAGUGGCACUGAAAAAUAUGAAGUCACAUGGACGCUAUCAAACCCGCAUCAGUCUCGGUUCGGCUAUCGAUUGAAUAACGUACGUUCUGAAUCGCGGCGGAGUGUACAACCGCACGGAGAGUCGGGGAAAUCAGUUACUAUCCAAAGGAUUUCCACAAGUUCACAUCGCGUUUGACAGCAACUGACAUAAUUCAGUGAAAGUUAAUAAAGUACUUAAGGGAAGACUUUUCAAGGAAGCAUGACACGAUUGAAACCUACAAAGGUUGCGACAUCAGCAGUGUCAAUCAGCAUUGCGAAGUGAAAAAAUUCUGGAAUAGCUGGAAUGAUAGUUCUAUCACUUGUUUAGAACGAUUAGGUGACUAAAUGGUGUAGCAAAGUGUCUGACGAUGUACGUUAACAUAAUUUUCUCGCUUGUGGGUUUGGCAACUUUUGCCACCACGUCCAUCGGAGAAACGUUGCACCAGUGCAACAGUUCACCGGAUCAGUGUUCUAAGCAAGUACAAAGAUCGAGAGAUGAAACUGAACGAAACCGAACACCUGUCAGUACGAAGGCCGUGGGAAACUGGAGCUCCCUGCUGGCAGGAAAUAAAACAGUGCAAAGUGGAAAUUUGAGUGAAAUUGAUGAGUAUUUAUUGAGUAGUGUGAGACAUAAAUUUAGGACAGAGUUCGCAGGAAUGGAUACACAAACGAUCGAGAAUGAGUUGGAAAUAGGUCCGGACGAGGCAGAGCCUAUGUUUAAGCUGAUCGAGCCGUUUUUCUCGAUUCACUCCCCCUUCAACCCCGCCUACAGCAAGCGGGUAUCGGCGGAAUGUAGCCGCGCAGCGAAAUCGUACCUAACUGCUCUCCGUUCCAUGGAGCUAUGGGCUCUCCGAAUGCACGAUGCCAACGGCAAACUGAGCUCCGGUAUUCUCAAUGGAAACAUCAACCAGUACGGCGAUUACGACCAGUGCAUGAAGGUUCGGGGCGGCGCAAAAAUCCAAACCGAUCAUCUCCAAGGUCGAUAUUGUCUCGCCGGUAUACAACCGAAGGUUAUUUCCAGCACGCCAUUCCUACGGCACAUUUUCAACCUGGUGCAGUCUCAUGGGAUACUGAAAAGCGAACUGGCCGAUCCAGGACACCGCGUACCACGCUUCUCCACCAUCAACUGGGCAUUAUGCGUGCCAGCCAGUUGCACUCCUCGAGACGUACAACUUUCGUUAGCAGAAUUCCUCAAAAAUACAGUCGAUGGUACCGGUUUACAGUUGAAUGUGAAUAUUGAACCCGAACUGUGUGAGAUCAAAAAUUCCAUUUGGGACAAGUACUACACACCGGCGACAGCGAAAGUUUGGAUCGGUUUUAUGAUAUAUUUAAUGAUUGUAAUACUCUCAACAGCUUACGAGCACAAGUCCGAACGAAAAAACAAAUGGCUAACGGCGUUUUCGCUGAUUAGGAACACUCGAACGAUUUUCUGCGUUAAGGAUGAUCCCAACGAUGUGGCGUGUGUCCAUGGUAUACGAUUUUUGAACGCUUUACUACUAGUCAUUGCCCAUAAAUCGAUGGCACUGUUCUUCAAUCCAUAUGUUAACCGAACCGAUAUGAGCGAGACCCUAGGUCAGCCGUGGACGGUAGUGGGACGAGCGGCGUCUAUCUUUACCGAUCCGUUCAUCAUGUUCAGUGGAUUCCUCACAACAUAUUCGCUCAUCGGCCGACUCAUGCGGAACCAGCGAAUCAAGCUGUAUCAGGAUUAUAUUGGACGAAUUCUCCGAAUAGCUCCUCCACUAGGGGCGUUGAUACUAUUCUGUACCUUUGUGUUGCCAUUCUUGGGCAGCGGACCGCAAUGGAAUCUCGUCGUUAGCAAUCACGGUGACAUUUGCAAAAAAUACUGGUGGCGCAAUAUGCUCUUCAUUCACAACUACUUCGGAUUCAAGAACAUGUGCCUCACCCAUACGCAUCACGUUGGCAUCGAUACGGAGCUGUUCUUCGUGUCGCCAUUGUUCAUCUGGUUGAUUUGGAAGUGGCCAAGGAAAGGUGGUAUGGCCCUGAUUGUACUAGCGCUGGUUUCCACUGUGCACAGGUUCUACAUAACUUAUAAGUUGCGGUUGUCCAACUAUGUGUAUUUUGGCACGUCAGUCAAACAACUGUUCGACACGGCGGACAACAUGUACAUUCUACCGUAUUACCGGCUAACCGUGUACCUGAUGGGUGUCAUGCUGGGCUACGCGUGUCGUGUCUACAAAUCGAUCAGCCUAACACCGAAUCAACUCCGGCUUGGAUGGUACGCAAGCAUCCUGCUGUUAGCACUAGCCUUCUUUGGCCCCGCCCCGAUGGGUUCGAUGCACUACGUGUAUGACCCACUGCAUGCCGCUAACUAUGCCGCAUUUUCGCCGAUCGCGUGGUGCAUCUUCUUUGCGUGGACUGUUUUUACCUCGCAUUUAGGAUAUAGAAAUAAACUAAUCGAUGUGUUCUCCUGGUCCGGAUUCCGAGUGACGACGAAAAUCUCUUACGCCAUCUAUCUAACGCAAUUCCCCAUCUUUUUUUACAAUGUGGGGCGAGUUCGUAACGCGCAACAUUACAGCUUUAUAACGUCAGUUUUGUUGGACUUCAACGAAUACAUUGUAAUUUUCGUGGCGUCCUUUCUACUAACUGUUCUUUUCGAGACUCCAUUUAGCAACAUUAAAAAACUUCUCUUCGGUAACAAGAGAACACGGAGUAAUGCCAAAGAACUCGUUAGUACAUCUACAAUGGAACAACCGGAAAGUGGAAGUUCGUGUGAUAUCAACGAGAAUAGCAAUAAAACGAUCGUCUAUCCUUUCAAUCAGGCUAAAGACUUGAAUGAAUGAUGUAUAUAUGCUACAAGCUAUUUAGAAUGUUUUAGUAUUUAAGGAAACCAGAAUAUAGAGAUAAAAGAUUAUUUAUACCAAAUAAAUCGAAUUCAAUAAGACUGUGCGCUGCUGAUUUUUGAAAAAUAUGAUUAUAAGUUUUAUAAUAAUAUUUUCAAUGAGGCCUAUGUAAAGCAGGCACAAGUUAAAUAAAUAAAAUUAUGGGAUGUCUCUUCAA